UAUUAGGUAUAUGGGGGCUAAUUGAAGUGUUGACUUGCUUUUACCCCAGAAAGUCUUAUUCUGAUAACUUUAUUGAAGUGUUUUUUGUAUACUGUAAAGUGAAAAAUCAGACGGAUUUAAUAGUUUGUUAUAAGGGAUUUAAGCGGGGUUGUCAUGGUGUCAUCAGUGUACAAUAGGAAUGUUUGGGAAAACACACGCCAAAUUUGGUUGAAAUCGGUCAAAUAGUUCCUGCGAUUUAAGAUUUUACCUUGUCUAAUUUUCACACCAGAUCCUAUCAAGCUCUUCUCUACCAUUUUGGUUGUUAAAUUUAAUGCUUGGCUCAUUUAUUCAGUAAGUAAUCGUACUUUAAGUACUUUUCAACAUAACCGUUAUAUCGGGAGUGGGUGUGGUUAAUAUCCGAUUUUACCCAUUUUCACAGAGUUUGAAGAGGUGAUAAAAUUCCUUUUUUUCAGCAUCUUAAGCGGUUUGGAAGAUAUGUACAUUAAACUAUUUAGGGGGCGGAGCCACGUCCACUUGUUAAAAAUUAUUCAUCCCAUAGGUGCCCUUUGCUGAUGCGAUCUCUUGUACCAAAUUACAGUUUUGUAUCUUAAUUUGAGGCUUAGUUGACACUUUAAAAUUUUUGGUUUAAUGCAGUUUUGGGGCGUGACAAUGGCCCGAUUCCGCCCAUUUGCAAUACCAACCUCCUCCCUUGGGUACCAAGGAAUAUGUGCACCAAGUUUCAUCAAAAUAUCUUAAUUUAUCACUUGCACGAACAGACAGACGGACGGACAGACAGUCACCCGGAUCCUGAUCAUUUGAGGUUAUGUGCAAACGGCAUUUCAGAACAUUAGAAAUGCUUGACUAAUUGUAAAUACUUCCGCAACAUUCUUAUUCGUUAUGUAUUCGCCUGGAAUUUUGCCAAAAAAUGAUUAAAAUAGCCGAAGAAGACAAUAACUUCAUAAAUUGCCUGUUUAUGUCUGAUGAGGCCUAUUUUAAUCUAAACGGAAAUUUAAACAAGCAAAAUUGUAGUUUAUGGAGUAAAUUAAAUCCAGAAAUAAUCCACGAGACGGAACUUCACCCAGAACGAGUCACUGUGUGUUGCGCAGUUUCAUCAAGCUGUAUUGUCGGGAAACACUUCUUUGAAGAAAAUGAUGUAAUAGUAACUGUCAAGGGGCACCAUUAUUUAAAGAUGUUGAAUGAGUUUUUUUACCCAGAACUGCACUGAAGACGUAAUCCUUUCAAUAGCGUUUGUAUUCAGCUAGAUGAAGCAUAGCCAGAUGAAACAUAGCCAGACUGGUUAUUGCGGAGCUCCAACGAAAAUUUGAAAACAAAUCAAUAUCAAGAAACUUCACUUUCCGCUGGCCCCCAAGGUCACCCGACCUGACUGCAACAUACUUUUUUUUAUGGAGUUAUGUCAAGCAAGAGGUAUACAAAACAGAACCCAGAAAUGUGCAGACCAUAAAAAUGAUAAUUGAGGCAAUUCCACCUUCAACCCUUCAGGCGCAAUGAAUAAAUUUCUAAUUGGGUGUCGCAUGUGCGUGGCUGAGCAUGGAGCAUCAAAAAAUGUCUAAAUAUACAGGGAAAAAAUGUCGUUUACUUUCUAUGAUGUGGCUGACUGCGUUUUUCUUCUUCGUGGAAAUCGUGGUGGGCUAUGUGACAAAUUCAAUGGCCUUGGUAGCAGAUAGUUUUCAUAUGUUAGGUGACAUAGCUGCCCUUGUCAUAUCAUUCCUAUCAGUAAAAAUGUCCCCGAAAAAAUGGUCCAAAAAUACAUUUGGAUGGGCGCGAGCAGAAGUGUUGGGUGCCCUGGUUAAUGCAGUUUUUUUAGUUGCUUUGUGCUUUAGCAUUACCAUAGAAGCUUGUAAAAGAUUUAUUGAAGAAGAGGAAAUUCACGAACCGAAACUCUUAGUUAUAGUAGGCUGCCUAGGUUUGUUGGUAAAUGUGAUAGGUUUAUGUUUGCUUUAUGAACACGGCGGUCACCAUGGCCAUUCACAUGGGGGAGGUCUUACUAGGAAUCAUAGCAGACUCACCGAACUGGCUAAUAUAGAUGAUGGUGAGGGCGAAGCUGAAUUUGCUUACGAAAAAGAGAAAAAACCAGUGAAGAAAUUGAACCAUGGACAUAGUCAUGAUGCAGGCCAUAUGAAUAUGAGAGGUGCAUUUUUACAUGUAUUAAGUGAUGCCUUGGGUAGCAUUAUUGUAGUGAUAAGCGCUUUGGUGGUAUGGUUAACGGACUGGAAAUAUCGAUAUUAUAUGGAUCCUGCUCUUUCAAUUGUGUUAGUUUGCUUAAUUUUACAUUCUGUUUGGCCCCUUCUACGUGAAUCUGCGUUAAUAUUGCUGCAAACUGUUCCAACUCAUAUUCAGGUCGAUGCCAUUCAAAAGCGUCUCUUAGAAAAGGUUGACGGAGUCUUGGCCGUUCACGAAUUUCAUGUUUGGCAAUUGGCUGGAGAUCGCAUAAUCGCUUCAGCGCAUAUAAGAUGUCGGAACCUUUCGGAAUACAUGAAAAUUGCUGAAAAAGUUAAGGAAUUUUUUCACAAUGAAGGCAUACACUCCACCACAAUCCAACCUGAAUUUGUUGAAAUAGAAGGUUGUAAUAUGUCUGACGGUACAUCUAGUCUAAAUAUGAGUGGCUCUGAUUGCGCACUAGAUUGUCCAAGUACUGCCGAAGGAUGUGUUAAAGCAACUUGUUGUCAAAAUAAUAGCAAAUUAAACCAGGUGCCCUCGCCGACAAAUUCCCCUUAUGCAUGUCGCCAAAGGAACUCGUCCAAAAAUCCAAAUGAUGUGGAAGCAGGCUCUUCACUUUUGGAAUGUUUAGCUGGUGCAUCGUAUUCUGUUAAUAAUGGCAAUUCAGAGUCUGGGCGUACGACUAAUGGAGAUGUAGUGUGACACCUUUGCCUCUCAUAUAUGAGAGAAGAGUAACAAAAUGAAAAAAAAUCACAAACGCACAGAAAAAAAUUUGUAUUAUCCAUUUUUAUUACAAUUUCGCUACAGGUAUAAUUAAUGGUUGAAAAUCUGAAUAGAUAAGAAUUCAACCAAAGAUUGAUAACAAAUUCAGAAUCGCAUUGAAUCAAGUAAUAUGAUGUUAUAAAACAUUAAUAACAUAUUUAUUAAUAAAGCAUCAAGCACUGGUUCGAUAGACAAAAAUAUGAUAGUAAAAGUUAGUGAAUGUAUCCUAGUAGGAUAUUCAUCUAAAUUUAGUAGUAAAAUUAUAAUUUUUUCAGUACUUUAACAACUAAGUAAUCGUUAUAUUAGAUUAUAAUUAUAAAAUUUAAAAAAAAAUUGGAGGCAUUUCUUCUUUUUGACAAUUGUUUGUCCAAAUUGAAGUGAUGUAGAUAUUUUUUAUUUUCAUAAUUUUACAUGCAUACAUAUGUAAUAUAUAAAUUUUAGAUGUAAGAAAUAAAAUAUCUUUCACUUUUUGUGACAUUUUUACUUUAAACAUUGAUAUAUGUACGAACAUGAGUAUUUACAAUAAAUUUUCACAAAUUGAGCAUAU